GUAUUUGUAAAACUUAAGCAUAAUACAUUAAUUGUAUUGAAGAUCUCUAAAGACCUUUCUACUUUGAUCAAUGGAAAUUCACAGCCUUCGUAUUAAUGCAAAAAAUAAAUUUGUAAACAGAUAGAUUCAUAUAAUUCCAUUUUCUGGAAUGAAAUUAGAAUUAAAUUAGUACUUACAAUUAUUCCAUAUAAGUAUCUUAGUAAACAAAAAAAUGAUGCACCUAUAAGCAUUCAUUGGUUAUUGCUGCCAAGAAAAGUUUAUUAUUAAGAGAUAAGCGUAAAGAGAUCAGUCAUAUUUAUAUUGUUUAUUGAGGAAUUAGUUUUUGCCGACAGCACGGGUAUGUUGAAAAUGUAAGAGAAACGGCGGAAUGUGUAGUUUCAUCUCGCAAUAAAUGCCAAGGUCAAGGAAUCGGGUGAAGGUAAACAACCAGCAGACUUUUACUCUGCUUAAAGAGCAGAUUUGAUCAGUGUGAAUGUGUUGUGGUCCUCGGGAGGAUCACGGUUGUUCUCUCUUAUAGUAUUAAAUUGCAGUUAAUAUUCUUGUUAAUAUAAUCAUGAUAACAAAUUAGGAUAUGCAUAAUGACAUAAAAACAUUUUUAUUUUACUUUUGAAUAUGAUAUUCUGUGUUUUAAAUCAAUAUUAAAUGUAAUUUCGACAAUUGUUCAAUAUGCUAUCUAAUGCUAAAUAAAAAAUAUUGUUAAAAUUAAAAGAACUUUGAAACAAACAUGUCUAUUACACCUAAUUCAGAAUUAUUGACUGAAGCGGCAGGCGUUAAGAUCUUUAUGACACGUUUAUCAAAAGGAGAAUGUUCAUCAAAUGUACUUUCAAUCACGGGAAAAAUUCGUAUAACAUUAGAAAAGAUAAAAGAAGCCAAGUCUUGUGGAUUUCAUCUGACAAAAUCAAAAUGGGAUCCUUAUCCUUGGAUAAGUUGCGUCGAAACUGGUAGCAUCGCGGAUGUGGGCGGUCUUAGGGCUGGCGACUGUUUAGUGAGUAUCGAUGGAAAAGAUUUAAUAGGAUUAAGAAUAAAAGAAAUUGCGGCGCGCAUUCACCAACAUCAGGAACAAAACAUAGAUAUAUUUGUUUGGAGGUAUAUUACCGAGGAAGAAGAACAGACAGAAGCAGGAAUAAUUAUGAAAGGACCCCUACCCGAUGUUGCAAAGAAACUUGCAAACGCGGUAUCUGGAGUAGUGAAAGCUUUAGAAUGUCCAAUUUGCUUGGAGAGUUCACUGCCCCCAGUCUCCCAGUGUGUUCACGGACACAUUAUUUGCGUAGGAUGCAGACCAAGGACAUCCCGUUGUCCAGUUUGCAGAGUUAGAUUGGGUCAAGGUCGAUGUUUGCUAGCAGAUAAACUUUGUAAGGUGUUCAAAGAUACAUUCGACAUAAAGGAUGAUUUAUAUGAUAAUAUAGAAAAUCAACGUUGGAGUCUCCGAGAUCGUCUUUUUGGCAAAAAUAGCAAAAUCACGCCAUCAGAAAAGUCAAAAAGUAGCGGUGCAAUUCUGAAAGCACGACAAUUAUUGUUGAGUAAAUUAUUCCUUGGCGGGACAGAGAAAGCUGCUUCAGCGGAUAAUUUGACAACGGUUUCCAAUGAAAUAUCCAAUAUCAAUGAAACGACGACCAACAGUUUAAAAUUCGAAGAAUGUAUGAGAUUAUGCGAUCGCACCAAGUCUGCAAGCACAGGAGAAUUAUCAAAGGAAACGCUGAAAAAUGUUAUGAACGAUCGUUUAGAAAAUGAUAGUCCUGCUAGAAUGUCAAGCACUAUCAGUUUAAUGUCCAAUGUGCCUCCUACACCAAUUUGGGAAGGUUCAAUGGACUCUGUAUCUUGUACACAAAUAGUAUGCCCUUUUUUCAAACAAUACGACUGUAGAGAUAUCAUUAUGUCUGACUUAAUAUUGCAACACUUGAGUGAAGUUCAUGAAGUGCCCCAUGUACAUUUUUAUUCCACUCCUGUACAGAUUCCAUUACCACUUCCUUUUGGCAUUAAUGCUGUUUAUGUAUUGCAUUAUGGUGGAGACCUUUUUUUCUUACAGUAUGAACAGGAAGCUGUCUGGAUGUCGUGUGCAAUGGGAGGAAGAAAUGCAUGGGAAUGGACUUUGCACGGCCAAGGAGAAAACGGAACCGAGAUAAAAAUGCGAAGAAACGUCGCCAGUCUUGAAAUCCCCGUGACUGUAUCAUCACAGCAUAUUGCACCGUUACCAAACUCAUUGUCAUUGCACACAUUAGGCAUUCAGUUAAGAGAGUACCGCUUACACGAACAGUCGGGUGUAUGACAAAGUGCAUAUACGUAUGAUGUAAAAAGAGUAACAAAAUUGCUUAUUUAUUAUUAUUAUAAGAUAAAAAUUAACAAAUACAUUGUGUUAAUAUAUGAAAUCUUCAUACAGGAUCAUCACAAUAUUAAUGCAAGAAUACUUAAGUAUGUAAUAUAGAAUGCAUUAUGAAAUGUAAUUAUAUA